AUGUGCACCCGGUUCACGCCGAAGCUGAGAGCCUUCAUGGAGUCGGCUCCAGCCAAAGACAAGAGCAUUGUCUUCGUGAGUUCGGACUUCAGCGGCGAGGACUACGACCGCCACCGCGCCACCAUGGGGCCGGACUGGCUCGCGGUGCCCUUCGGCUCGGAGGCCCAGGGCGCCCUGAAGCGCAGCUACCGCGUGUGGGGCGGCCGCGAGGCGGCGACCUUCGGCACGGGCAGGCGCGGCGGCAUCCCCGCUCUCGUGGUUGUGGAUCCCGAGACCGGGAAGGAGCUUCGGUACCUGGACGCGGAGUCUCAGGGCGCCGAGGUGAUGGCGGCCUGCCUCAUCCAGGAUGUAGGCUUCCAGCCGCACCAGCAGUCCACCAAGAUAUCAAACAUGCGCAUGGGCCCACUCCGGGGCGCACCUCUGCCAAAGAUGGACCGCUUCAUGUCGAGCCUCAGCGGAGCCCGCGCCGGCAGCCGCCACGGCGCCGAGGGCGCCGCCGGUGCCCCGGCGGGCGAGCCCUCGUGCUCGCUGCCGCCCACGUCCCGCCCCGUCGAGGGCACGGAGUUCCCGGGCCACCUCAAGGUAAUCCGCCAACUGGGCAAGGGCAGCUACGGCACGGUGCACCUCUGCGAGGACAAGAUCACUGGCGCGCAGGUGGCAGUAAAGCACGUGAAGCAGGCCUCACGUCACGGGAAGAGCAUGGUGCGGGAGAUCAGGCUCCUGGCGAGGAUGAAGCACGAAAACCUCCUCCACCUUCUGGAUAUUCCCGCGGUUCCCAGCCCGAACUUCGAGGACAUAUUCGUUGUCCUGCCCUAUAUGCCGGCCGACCUGCACAAGGUGAUCCAGUCGAAGCAGACGCUCACGGAGCGCCACGUCCAGGCGAUCAUGGCCCAGAUAUUCCGGGCCCUGGAGCAGCUGCACGUCUGCGGGGUGGCCCAUCGGGACCUGAAGCCCGCGAACAUCCUGCUGUCCGCCGACUGCAAGCUCAAGAUCUGCGACUUCGGCCUCGCACGUGGGGACAUGCCCCUCCUCUGCGGCGCCGACGGGGGCGACGACGAGCCUCCGAGCUCCCAGGCCCGCAACGGCGUGCUCACCGAGUACGUCGUGACGCGCUGGUACCGGGCCCCGGAGGUCAUGCUGCUGCCGAAGCAGUACACCUCGGCGGUGGACAUCUGGUCCGCUGGCUGCAUCCUGUGCGAGAUCCUGGGCCGCAAGCCGCUGUUCCCGGGGAAGAACCACGUCGACAUGGUGACCCGCGUGGCCCAGACCAUGGGCGCGCCGCCGGACGACGAGCUGCGCUGGCUGCCGAGGGAGUCGGACGCGUACCGCUUCCUGCGGCGCGUGUGCCCCCAGAAGGCCAGCACGCCGCUCUCCUCGCUGUACCCGCGCGCCGAAGCCAACUGCCUGGACCUCGUUCGGGGGCUGCUGCGCUGGGACCCGAGCCGCCGGACCACCGCCGCCAGCGCCCAGGAGCACCCCUACCUCCGGACCUUCCUCGGCGGCAGGACGCCCCCUCGGGCCGAGCCGUUCGACUGGAGCUUCGACGGCUUCCGGCCGACGACGGACGCCGUCAGGCAGAGGCUCUACAUCGAGUGCGCUCGCUUCCACCCAGAGAUCCGGGACCGCGACAGGAUGCACGGCAUCCUCAGCGCGCCCACCCCGGCGCGCUCGGACGCGAGGUCGCCGUCUGCCUCUGCUCCGACGCGGCGGGUCCGUGCCGUUCCUGCACCGCCGAGCCACCCCAAGCCCUACCAGGUGCUCCAGUCCCUGUGA